AUGGCCGUCGGAAGCAAUGAAGAGGGUCCCAUGACUCCAGUUCACCUCUUUUCUCAUGGUUCGACAAUGAUGCUAGGCGAGGAGAGCCACUCGGCCACGUACUGGAAGAAGUGUGGCGAUGAAGCUCUCGCUCAGGGCAUAGAGCAUAUCGUUAUGAUGGGCGCACACUGGGCAACGAAUGCUCCCGGAGAGGUGCUCAUCUCCGCGCAUCCCAAGCCCGGAAAAUCACCUGUAGCCUACGUGAACCCUCAAAAAUACCACCCCUACAAGCUCAACCCCGACCUGGAUUACAUUCCCACGAUCCAAGCCCACCUGGAGGCCGCAGGCAUCCCUUCCAAAACCGACCCGACCUUCGACUGGAUCCACGACACUUACCUCGUCCUGAUUCGCAUGUUUCCAAAAGCCUGUCCACCCACAACCCUAAUCUCCAUGAACGACUUCUAUGACCCUCACUUCCACGUAGCCGUCGGCGCUGCGCUUCGUCCCCUGCGGGCGGCCAAGCACAAGACGUUGUUCAUCGGGUCGGGAGGCUCUGUUCACAACCUUUACCGCAACGUCUGGGGCCCAAUGCUCCGUUUCCGCGACAACUUCGCCCAGCCCACCCCGCCGGAGCCGUGGGCGCUUGAUUUCCGCCAGGAAGUCAUCGACACGUUUUGCCCAGCCUACGAGGAGGACGUGCCUACGGACCAGGCAGUCUAUGGUUGUGCCAUUCGUGGCAAGAAGCCUUGCGGCGGACCUAUGCUGAGGCGCAAGGUGACGAGUUUAAUGAAGCAUCCCAAGUUCCGCGAAGCCCACGCGACGGACGACCAUUUUAUGGCCACCAUGUUCGUGGGGGGAUUGUGCGGCGGCCGGGGAGAUGCCAACAUGAAGGCCGAGAUGGGCGCCGAAGACUGGGAACUCACCAACAUGUGCAACUCGCAGUUCACAAUUGGAAGCUGGGUUGAUGCAAAGUGA